AUGGCGGCGUUGAGCUACUACUCAAACUGGGGACCACUUCAGCCUGUAAUGGACUCGGAUAUAAUAAGCAUGCUGGCUGACCCAGUAGCAACUCAGCCGGAGCUGCCGCCGGAGCUCCAAACUUUCCCCGACGUCGAUUAUCUCCUCGAGCAACCCAAUGAAUUGUUUUACCCAGAAAACCCUAACUCCCUUCUAUAUGAUUUCACUAACGGAACCCUAACUGAACCCUUUUCCGUCCAGCCAGAAAUCGAACCUUCUUUCUUCAACUACCCCAAACGCCAAAAGGGCGGUGAUUACGAUGAAUUUUACUCCGACAAUAAUCUCAGCUUCAAGCCUUCUUCUUUCUUCAAUAUCCAAAACCCUAGUUUUCCAACUGUCCAAGAUUACUCGCCGUCGUUACCUGAUUUUCCGAUCGGUUACGCCACCGGAAGCUGCGGUGAGGGUUUGAAGAAGGAUACUUCAACGGCGGCCGGGAGUAAUACUUUAUCAGCACAAAGUAUCGCCGCCAGGCAGAGGCGGAGGAAGAUCACGGAGAAGACUCAUGAGCUGGGAAAGCUUGUCCCCGGUGGACAGAAGAUGAACACCGCCGAAAUGUUGCAGUCGGCGUACAAAUACAUCAAGUACUUGCAGGCGCAAGUCGGAAUUCUCGAAUACAUCGAUUCAUAUGAUCAUCAUCAUCAGGAGAAUCGUGAGACGGAAUCAUUCGGAAAACAUGAAGAACUGCAGGUUCUUCUCGAAUCUCCGCUGAUUCAAGAAAAGUUGUACUCGAACGAAAAAUGCAUUGUUCCGCAGAAAUUCAUCGAUGAACUGAGCAGAAGCGAUGAUCUGAUCGUCAAAUCCAACCCGGAAUUGAUUUCCUUGAUUGUAGUGAAACAAGAGCACUGA